AUGGAAAUUUUUCGUCACUUCUAUUCACUAGAUUGGACCGCCAAAGAUGCUUUUAUUUCUGGACAGAUUAUAGUAGAGCCUGUCAAAAGAAAAUUCACCAAAAAAGAAGUUUCUAGGCGACAAAAAACUAGAACUUACAGACUGCAAGAUGUAGAUGGAAAUGACCAUAGAGUAUGUAAAGUUUUUUUCAAAAGCGGCUUGGAUGUAUGCGAUGGUAAAAUCACCAAAGCUCUGAAGAGAAAAUCGGCUUCGGGAACUCUUGUUUCGGACAAACGAGGGAGACAUACGCCACACAAUAAGACCAACUUGGAGGAUACAAAUUGCUUGAAAGAGUUUAUAACAAAGUUUCCGGUAUACGAAUCACAUUACUGUCGUCAUCACACUGCCAAGAAAUACUUGCCACCAAAUUUAAACAUGUCUCUAAUGUACGCCGAAUAUAAAAGAUGCUGUGAAACGGACCAAAGAAAAAUAUCAUCUCUUUUUGUUUUUAGAGAUGUGUUCAACCAUUCGUUCAAUUUGUCAUUUCACAGACCUCAAAAAGAUACAUGUCAAAAAUGUGACCCCUUCAAUAUAAUUUUGAAAACCGAGCUUGAUGAUGCCAAGAAAAGAAAUACUGAGUUAGAAAAGACUCUGCAUCAGAGAAAGGCGGAAGCAGUAAAAACGCUAAAAAAGAAGGAAAUUGAUGAAGCAAAAAAUAGUAUAGGGUUAAAGCAUGUUGCUGUUUUCGACCUACAACGUACUCUACCAGUUCCCGCUUUGUCCACGUCUGUAGCCUAUUAUAAAAGGCAAAUGUGGGUUUUCAACUUGUGCAUCCACGACGAGGUGAGAAAUGUUGGACACAUGUUCAUCUGGGAUGAUAGUAUUGCUUCUCGUGGGGCGCAAGAAAUAGUGUCAUGUUUGAUAAAAUAUAUUUCUUUGCUGCCAGAUACUCCAAAAAAAAUCAUUAACUUGUAUUCUGAUGCCUACGGAGGGCAAAACAGAAACAUUAAAGUUGUGUUAGGCCUACUUAAUGAAUUGCAGAAAAAUGGCGUUGGAGUCAAAGAGACAAACUUGAAAUUUUUCGUGUCUGGGCACAGCUUUUCGACGUGUGAUCAGAACUUUGGCGUCAUAGAUAAAGAAAAAAAAUACCACGAAAAUAUUUACAUACCUGAUGACUGGGUAUCUGUAAUAAGGCAUGCUAAAAAGAAAGAGCCUAGAUUUACUAUUCACAAAAUGGGAAAAGAAGAUUUUUUCAGCACGAAAAAACUGGAGAAAUUGGACCUAAAAAGAAGUAUACGUGGUCGUCCUUCAUCGAACCAUUACAUUGAAAUGGAUUUAUUGUAUCCUGAAGGAAAACCAAUAACAGAAGAGAAAAAGAAAGAUUUGAUGGCCUUGCUAAGAUUUGUGCCACGUAUCCACCACGGUUUUUACAAAGAGUUAAAAACCGAUAAUGAAAGGGACCUGGGACUUACAGAUGGAGACCCGGAGGAUGAGCCUAAUGUCGAGGAAGACGUGGAGUGA